GGUUCUACACACCUUCCUCAUGUCUUCAUCAAUUUCACCUCAUGACCAACUCUAUGACCCGGACUGACGCCCAGAGUUACUGCAGAGCACAGUACACUGACCUGGCCACAGUAGAUGACAUGGAGGACCUGAACAGGCUGUUUACUACUCUCAGUUAUUUGAAUUCCUGGCAUUGGAUUGGACUGAAGAAAGGAGACUCCAUGAAGUGGCAGUGGUCUCUGGCAGACAGACGUUUCUACAGAGAGGGGGAGACUGAGUUUAGAAACUGGGACACUGGGACGCCCACAAAUGGCAACUGUGCUUUUAUGAGUACAGCUGGGAUGUGGAACAACGCCUCCUGUGAUUACCAGCAUCACUUCAUCUGUUAUGAUGGUGAAUGUUUAAUUUGACUAAUGAUGUAGCCUGUUCUAAGUGCCAGGGCUGUCAUUGAGUUGAAACAUAGACUCAUGAUGGCUUUAAGUUGUUAAUCAGUUAUCAAAUCAAUGAGAACAUGUACAAUAGAUGAUCAGUAGAUUAUAUUCUAUUGGAUUUUUGUAUUGAUUAUUACAUUUGACUUUUACAGGAAAACAAGACACCAAACUAACAUACGUCUUAAUUAAGGAGUACAAGACCUGGAUAGAUGCUCAGAGUUACUGCAGACAGUAUCACACAGACCUGGUCAGUGUGAGGAACCAGACUGAGAACAAAGAGAUAGUUCAGAAGAUAUCACUGUGGGGACUGCCUGUGUGGAUCGGUCUGUUUCAAGACUACUGGAGAUGGUCUGACCAGAGUGACUCCUCAUUCAGGAACUGGCUAACAGGAUGGCCUUCAACAGAUCAGAGUUACAACUGCACUCUGAUGAAUUUAUAUACUUAUUAUGAUGAUUAUUAUUAUUAUAAUACUAAAUGGAUAAAUCAUCCCUGUGUCCUCUCCUAUCCUUUCAUCUGCUAUGGUAAGUUACCAUAUUCUCCACCUGAUCUACCUGAUAUUAUGAUGACAGGAGAACUCUAAUGUUGCCCCCAUUAUUCACUACUGUCACUGUGGGAAUUUAUUAUGUUGUAGGCCCAGCUGUGGAGACCCCUGAGAAACCUCAACUGAAUAGACAGGUGGUGAGAGUGAAGAUGACUCCAAAGGAUCCAAAUCUGAACCUCAGCGAUCCUGCAGUUCAGGACGACAUCUUACAAGAGGUGGGUUUCACCCUGUUCAUGAAGAACAAACUCAGUAAUGAUACAAACUGUACAGACCUCCUCUCCUGGUCUGGGUCCUAGUCUGUUGUGGAUGACCUCCUCUCUGGUCUGGGUCCUAGUCUGUUGUGGAUGACCUCCUCUCUGGUCUCAUACUUGUCUGUUGUGGAUGACCUCCUCUCUGGUCUGGGUCCUAGUCUGUUGUGGAUGACCUCCUCUCUGGUCUGGCUCCUAGUCUGUUGUGGAUGACCUCCUCUCUAGUCUGGGUCCUGGUCUGUUGUGGAUGACCUCCUCUCUGGUCUGGGUCCUAGUCUGUUGUGGAUGACCUCCUCUCUGGUCUGGGUCCUAGUCCAUUGUGGAUGACCUCCUCUCUGGCCGUGACCCCACUCUCUGUGGGUGUUUCAGGGAGAAUGGAUUGCGCAAAAAACACAUUUCCAAUUCACACAUGCAUAUUAAAAGACAAGUGUACAUGUGUUAAAUAGGACAAAUAUAAGCAUCAUCUCCCCAUAGAGUCAAAGGGUUGAAGUAUAGAACGUGUCAGUAUAGCAGGAAGGAAUGGUAGUUGGAGAUCUUCAGAAAGACUAUUACAGAAUAAUAUAGUCUCUUUCUGUCUGUGUGUGUGUGUGUGUGUGUGUGUGUGUGUGUGUGUGUGUGUGUAUGUGUGUGUGUGUGUCUGUGUGUGUGUGUGUGUGUGUGUGUGUGUGUGUGUGUGUGUGUGUGUGUGUGUGUGUGUGUGUGUUUCUCCAGAUAAGGAACAAGCUGAAGGAGCAGGGGUUACCUGCAGACACCAAACUGACAUGGAAAAAGCAGCCCGAUGGGAAGGUCUUCAACAAGGAGAAAGAGGGGUCUCCCAAGAAAGAAGAGGAGGAGGAGAAGAAGAGGAAGAAGAGGAAGAAGAGGAUGAUGACAAAGAGAGAACUCUAAUUAUAUCAAAUGUUCUCCUGACAUUUCUCUUUUUAUUUACAUUCAUUAUUUGUGCUCUACUCAGCCUAACUAAAUGUUUUUCAUUAAGUAAAUGUUUUAAUUAUAAACAUGAAUAGUGUUUUAUCAUUAGAUUUUUUUCUUGAGAGUUUUAUUACAGGGGUGUGUUCUCAAGAUAGACAUUGAAUACAUCAUGUCUGUAAAUUAGUUAUCUGUAGUUAUGUUAAUAUACAGUGCUGUAAAAAAAAUAUUUGCCCCCUUUCAAAUUUUCGCAACUUUUGCAUAUUUUCUUAUUGAAUGUUAUCAGAUCUUCAAAGAAAACUGAAUAUUAGAUAAAGGGAACCUGAGUGAACAAAUAACACAACAUUUACAUACUUAUUUCAUAAACAAAGUUAUGUAAGACCCAGUGUCCAUGUUUGAAAAAGUAAUUAACCCCUUACACUCAAUAACUGGUUGUGCCACCUUUAGCUGCAAUGACUCCAACCAAACGCUUCAUGUAGUUGAUCAGUCUCUCAUGUCACUGUGGAGGAAUUCUGGGCCACUCUUCCACUCAGAACUGCUUUAACCUCUUAAGGCCCAAGCUGUUUUUUUACAUGCAUUUUUUAAUUCUCUUUGCUAUUUGGGCUUAUUGGAACCUAAUUAGAAUAAAAACUAAGUAUCAUCUUUUGAUAUGAUGCACUUUUAGAGAAAAAUGAUGUCCACAUAUGUGGAUUCAUGGUCCGAAUUGCAUUAGGCUAACAUUUUCAACACAACUAAUUUAAGUAUGUAUGUAUGUAUUUAGUGAUUUAAUUGUUAUUUAUUUCAUUGGGACCAUGUACAGCUUUUUAGCUGCAUCAGAGCUAGCUUUUUUCCCAUUUUACGUGUGUGCAUGUUUACAAGCAUAUUAGCUGUUUCGAGGAGCCUCAGUCCAUAAGUACACUUACGUGUACUUCAUGUUUAGCGACCUACAAAGUUGCUAGUUUUACACUUUUUUUUCUUCAAAUUUGCAUGUCAUGACAAAUAUACAAGGCUUUUAUAAAUAUCUAAAUCAGAAUAAGCCAUGAAAUAUGACAGAACUUCUACACAAUUGUGGACAUAAGAGCUAAAAAGUGCUGUCCACGUAUGUGACCACUAAGCCCUAGGAGGUUAAUUUAACGAUAUUUGUGGGUUUUCAAGUAUGAACUGCUCGUUUCAAGUCCUGCCACAACAUCUCAAUUGGGAUUAGGUCUGGACUUUGACUAGGCCAUUCCAAAACUUCAAAUGUGUUGCUUUUCAACCAUCUUCAUUUAGACUUGUGUGUUUUGGAUCAUUGCCUUGCUGCAUGACCCAGCUGCGCUUCAGCUUCAGCUCACAGACUGAUGGCCUGACAUUCUCCUAUAGAAAUAACACAUAUGGAAUCAUGUAGUGACCAAAAAAGUGUUAAACAAAUCAAAAUAUAUUUUAUAUUUGAGGUUCUUCAAAUAGCAACCCUUUACCUUGAUGACAGCUUUGCACACUCCUUUGACCUGUAGUGUAGCUCUGAAUGGAGUGACAGAUAGUGGGAUCCACUCUAGCUGCUACGUGUACACAUACACUGUUGAUCCAAACUUUUAUUCUCAACUUCUAUGACCAGCUUGCUAGCUAGCUAACUAUUGAGUCAAGUUGAGAAGAACGGUUUUGAUGAAUAUCGUAUGUACAUAUAGCCAACUCACCAUCACAGAAGAAUCACAUGGUAUUUUGAAAUGUGUAACGCUGUGCGAUCCCUGAGGAAAAAGUGAACAGUAAUUAUGAAGCACUAUGUUGCUGUACAUUGUAAGAGAUCUGCUGAAUGGCAUAUUAUUAUUAUAUUAUUAUUAUGAUUAUACUUAUAAUGCAUUAGGAGUUUUGGUAUAUGGGAUUAUGAGUCUAUAACAUUAUUAAUCUAUGAGUGUGCAGCGGUCUAAGGCACUGCAUCUCAGUGCUAGAGGCGUCACUACAGACCCUGGUUCGAUUCCAGGCUGUAUCACAAUCCGGCCAUGAUUGGGAGUCCCUUAGGGCGGCGCACAAUUGGCCAGCAUCGUCCGGGUUUGGCCGGGGUAGGCCGUCAUUGUAAAUAAGAAAGUGUUCUUAACUGACUUGCCUAGUUAAAUAAAGGUUAAAUAAAUAAAUCAAUGUAUAAAUGUAUUAUCAAUAUGGGUUUCAUAGUAAGUGUUACCGAGUAUCUCUGUGCUGUCACCCAUAUGCUCACUGUCUCAUUACAGUACACUGAUCACAGCAAAUCACAGCGUUAAAACAGUUCACAUCCAGGUAUCCCAUUUUGCAUCCAAUACAUUUUCUCUCCAGUAUUUUGUCUUCACAUACAUUAGCCUGUGUCUGUUUUACCUGUCUCUCUGAUCCUGAGUGUUCAAAUAAAUAGAGAGAGAGGGAGAGAGAGAGAGGGAGAGGAUGAGGAUGAGAGCGAGAGGGAGAGGAUGAGAAACAGAGUGAGAGAAAGAAAGGGGAAGAGAGAGAAAUAGACAGAAACAGAGAGAGAGAGAGAGAGAGAGAGAGAGAGAGAGAGAGAGAGACUGAGAUACAGGAUGAGAGACAGAGAAUGGAAAGAGAGGGGAAGAGAGAAAAUAGACAGAGAGAAACAGAGAGAGAGGAAGAACACCCAAUGACAGAGGAGAGGGAGAGCAUAGCACCCAAUCACAGAGGAGAGGGAGGACCGAACACCCAAUGACAGAGGAGAGAGAGUGCAGAACACCCAAUGACAGAGGAGAGGGAGAGAAUAGCACCCAAUGACAGAGGAGAAGGAGGGCCGAACACCCAAUGACAGAGGAGAGAGAGGGGAGAGUACCCAAUUACAUAGGAGAGGGAGGGAUGAGCACCCAAUGAAAUAGGAGAGGGAGGGCUGAGCACCCAAUGACAGAGGAGAGGGAGGGCUGAGGACCCAAUGCUAGAGUAGUUCAUGUUGAUCUAUACACUGAGUGUUCAAAACAUUUGGACCACCUGCUCUUUCCAUGACAGUUAAUUCACCAGUCAUCAGAUAUCAAUCCAAUUGAUCAUCUGUGGGAUAAAAUGGGACGAGCUAGUUGGAGUAGAGAUCCACUACCAGCCAACUUGACACAACUGUGGGAAUCAUUGGUGUCGACUUGGGCCAGCAUCCCUGUGGAACAAUUUAGACACCUUGUAGAUUUAAUGCACUGACGAAUUGAGGCUGUUCUGAGGGCAACUGAAUAUUAGGAAGGUGUUCCUAAUGUUUUGUACACUCAGUGUAUAUAUUUUUACCAUGGCAGCCCAAUAAUUACCUGAAUAACAUUCAAAUUUAGUCAACUAAAAACAUUCUAGGAACCCCCAAUGUAAAACCUGAGGAAUUUGUCUUAAAAAACAAAUUUUCAGAGAGUGAGAGCUGAGACCAGGGCCUCUGGGUUCCUGCCUGUCUCUGUGGUUUACCUCUAGUCCUGUUCCAGUCAAGUGGCUUUACCUGGGAGUGUCACUCUCAAUUCAGGCCUCACUCACCUGAACAAUACUUAACACCACACAACCCUUAGUUUUUAGACGUGAGGAGGUGGGUCCUUUUCUGUACAGUGAGGCCAAUUCUGGGCAAUAUGUCUGUCUAGAUGACUGGGUUAUCUCCUAUGGAUCAAGAGUACCAUCACAUGCAAAUGUUCUGUAUAGCCUAUCUAACUGUUUCCUUAUCUUGCUCUGUCCAACCCCUUUUCCAGUGGGAUGAAUGUCAAGUGCACAGAUGUAUUUGUUGAUAAAUAACACAUUCAAGGAAAUUAGGAACAGUGUAUGGUUUAUAGGUUAAAACUGGAGAGACGGAGCGAGAGAGAACGAAAGACAGAGUUACCUUCAAGUAACAGGUGAGGCAAUUUUGGAUUGUAUAAUCAUGUUGAAAAUCUAGAAAUGUUAUUGUAGAGAAGUGUAUUUAUAGUUUUUUCCCCAAUAUUUUUUCAGAUAUAAGUGGUACAUUUCCAAAACUCUUGGAACACAAACUCUAAUUGUGUAAUAUCCUCUAUCUUAUGUUCAAAACCUUUCAUUGUGUUUUCAUUGUGUUUAAAGUCAGGCAGUGUGUAAAUAGGAAUCAUGUUGCAGGUUGGAAGGUUCCAGUGUAGAAUAAUGAACCAUGUGUUCUUACCCUUGUUGGCCCUCUGAAAAUGUUAUGUUGAGGUUUUUCACCCCUACCCUCUUCCAAUACGUUAAAAACCUGACCUAACAAUCAGUGAUUGUUCAUGUCUCUGAACAGGUGAUAAUCCUCUUUGUGGGGUGCACUAUCUUCACCUGUCCUAUCACGAACAUAUCAGUAAAGAAGGAGAAAGACAGUUUGCAUUUAUAAAGUUUUGUAAAAGUCUGUGUACAGUAUACAUUUUAAUCAUAUAACUUUUGAAUUUCACAGUGAUGGAACCAUUUUUGUAUCUCACCCUGCUAAUCUCAGGUCAGUUUAGUAUGUGUGUGUGUGUGUGUGUGUGUGUGUGUGUGUGUGUGUGUGUGUGUGUGUGUGUGUGUGUGUGUGUGUGUGUGUGUGUGUGUGUGUGUGUGUGUGUGUGUGUUUGUGUCAGCAAACAUGUCCACUUUGGGCUGAAGAGUCCUUGUUAAUCGGCUCCCUACUGGCCCCCAAGACAUUGGCCCAGAGUGGCCCAGCGUGAAUCAAUUGUAACAUUUACGAGCCCUAAAUUCUGUUAGGUGUUUUCACAUAUGGUCCUCUUUUAAAUAACUGAUCUCAGCCCUCUUUAAAGUGAACUAGGUAAAAAAAAAAGAGCUAAAUAACUCAGUUCUCUUUGUAUUCACACUGCCCUUGCCUUUGAAUGAGGACUCAACUCUUUUGCUAGUUCACUUCAGCUAUUUUGUGGAGUGAGUGCUCUUUGCAUUCUCACUUCUAUGUUUAGAAAGAAACCAAGAUCUUUUUCCAACAUUCACUCAGUGCGCUCUGGGUUUUUACAAAGUGCAGGACAAGCCAUUCAAUCAGAAUGUGUUAUCGGACAGCUAGAUAUACCUACUUACAUUUUGGAAGCUACUAUAUAUAAAGACAUAAUAAUUGUAAUCAGAAUAUAGCAAUAAAAUGUACAGUACAUGUUAAUAGUAACAGAAUGAAUAGCAUUAGAAUAACUGCAGAAUAACUGCAGAAUAAAUCAUGCUUUAAUUCAAAGGGUUUCAAAGGGUUUAUGGCAGGGGAAACGGUGUUGCAGUAGUCUAGUGUGUGGUGCGGGAAACGGUGUUGCAGUAGUCUAGUGUGUGGUGCGGGAAACGGUGUUGCAGUAGUCUAGUGUGUGGUGCGGGAAACGGUGUUGUAGUAGUAUAGUGUGUGGUGCGGGAAACGGUGUUGUAGUAGUCUAGUGUGUGGUGCGGGAAUAAUGACAAGCGAACCUGGGGAGUUUUGUGUUCACAUUGGCCUAAAAAAAGUGACUUUACCAGCGGAAUUCAAGCGAAACGAACUCAGACCAUCUCAGUUCGAUUCGCUUCUGGGGCUCUUUUGAGGGGUCUGAGUUCCUUUGAAGUCCUCACACUGCACAAAAAAAUUAAGCAAACCUCACUGAGUUAACAGAAAUUGGCUGAAAGGGCCCAAGUGUGAAAACUACCUUAUUUACAGUGAGGGAAAAAAGUAUUUGAUCCCCUGCUGAUUUUGUACAUUUUCCUACUGACAAAGACAUGAUCAGUCUAUCAGUUUAAUGGUAGGUUUAUUUGAACAGUGAGAGACAGAAUAACAACGAAAAAAUCCAGAAAAACGCAUGUCAGAAAUUUUAUAAAUUGAUUUGCAUUUUAAUGAGGGAAAUAAGUAUUUGACCGCUCUGCAAAACAUGACUUAGUACUUGGUGGCAAAACCCUUGUUGGCAAUCACAGAGGUCAGAUGUUUAUUGUAGUUGGCCACCAGGUUUGCACACAUUUCAGGAGGGAUUUUGUCCCACUCCUCUUUGCAGAUCUUCUCCAAGUCAUUAAGGUUUCGAGCCUGACGUUUGGCAACUCAAACCUUCAGCUCCCUCCACAGAUUUUCUAUGGGAUUAAGGUCUGAUUAAGACUGGCUAGGCCACUCCAGGACCUUAAUGUGCUUCUUCUUGAGCCACUCCUUUGUCGCCUUGGCUGUGUGUUUUGGGUCAUUGUCAUGAUGGAAUACCCAUCCACGACCCAUUUUCAAUGCCCUGGGUGAGGGAAGGAGGUUCUCACCCAAGAUUUGACGGUACAUGGCCCCGUCCAUCGUCCCUUUGAUGCGGUGAAGUUGUCCUGUCCUCUUAGCAGAAAAACACACCCAAAGCAUAAUGUUUCCACCUCCAUGUUUGACGGUGGGGAUGGUGUUCUUGGGGUCAUAGGCAGCAUUCCUCCUCCUCCAAACACGGCGAGUUGAGUUGAUGCCAAAGACCUCGAUUUUGGUGUCAUAUGACCACAACACUUUCACCCAGUUCUCCCCUGAAUCAUUCAGAUGAUCAUUGGCAAACUUCAGAUGGGCCUGUAUAUGUGCUUUCUUGAUCAGGGGGACCUUGCGGGCGCUGCAGGAUUUCAGUACUUCACGGCGUAGUGUGUUACCAAUUGUUUUCUUGGUGACUAUGGUCCCAGCUGCCUUGAGAUCAUUGACAAGAUCAUCAUGUGUAGUUCUGGGCUGAUUCCUCACCUCUCUCAUGAUCAUUGCAACUCCACGAGGUGAGAUCUUGCAUGGAGCCCCAGGCCGAGGGAGAUUGACAGUUCUUUUGUGUUUCUUUCAUUUGCGAAUAAUCGCACCAACUGUUGUCACCUUCUCACCAAGCUGCUUGGCGAUGGUCUUGUAGCCCAUUCCUGCCUUGUGUAGGUCUACAAUCUUGUCCCUGACAUCCUUGGAGAGCUCUUUGGUCUUGGCCAUGGUGGAGAGUUUGGAAUCUGAUUGAUUGAUUGCUUCUGGGGACAGGUGUCUUUUUUGCAGGUAACAAGCUGAGAUUAGGAGCAUUCCCUUUAAGAGUGUGCUCCUAAUCUCAGCUCGUUACCUGUAUAAAAGACACCUGGGAUCCAGAAAUCUUUCUGAUUGAGAGGGGGUCAAAUACUUAUUUACCUCAUUAAAAUGCUAAUAAAUUUAUAACAUUUUUGACAUGCGUUUUUUCUGGAUUUUUUUGAUGUUAUUCUGUCUCUCACUGUUCAAAUAAACAUACCAUUAAAAUUAUAGACAGAUCAUUUCUUUUUCAGUGUGCAAACGUACAAAAUCAGCAGGGGAUCAAAUACUUUUUUCCCUCACUGUAUCUAAUGUGUUACAUUACACCAGAAAGACAACAGAGCUGCUGCUGUCAUUCACUAACAUGUUGCUGCUGGGCUUUAUGUUGGCUAGCAUGUGUUGGAUUGGUGUGGGCUAGCCUGUGUUGGGUUGUUGUGGGCUAGCCUGUGUUGGGUUGGUGUGGGCUAGCCUGUGUUGGGUUGGUGUGGGCUAGCCUGUGUUGGGUUGGUGUGGGCUAGCCUGUGUUGGGUUGGUGUGGGCUAGCCUGUGUUGGGUUGUUGUGGGCAAGCCUGUGUUGGGCUGGUGAGGGCUAGCCUGUGUUGGGUUGGUGUGGGCUAGCCUGUGUCGGGUUGGUGUGGGCUAGCCUGUGUUGGGUUGGUGUGGGCUAGCCUGUGUUGGGCUUGCUGUGUGCCCACCUUGCCCACUGAAUACCCACGCAGGGCAAAUGUGUUCAUGUAUGCUGGGUGUGUGUUUGUUUAUGGAUGUAGGUAUGUGUGUGUUUAUGGAUGUAGUUGGUGUGUGUGUGUUUGCACACCAGGGUGUACUGUAUGUUCACAGAUCCAUAGAAAGUGUGGUUGGGGUUGAGAAGUUGCCGGAGAAUAUGUCCCUCAUGAAUCAUUAUUCUGUUCACAGGGUUCUACACACCUUCCUCAUGUCUUCAUCAAUUUCACCUCAUUAACAACUCUAUGAACUGGACUGACGCCCAGAGUUACUGCAGAGCACAGUACACUGACCUGGCCACAGUAGAUGACAUGGAGGACCUGAACAGGCUGAUUACUACUCUCAAUUAUUACAAAAACUGGUUUUGGAUCGGACUGAAGAAAGGAGACUCCAUGAAGUGGCAGUGGUCUCUGGCAGACAGACGUUUCUACAGAGAGGGAGAGACUGAGUUCAGAAACUGGGACAUUGGGACGCCCCAAAAUGGCAACUGUGCUUUUAUGAGUACAGCUGGGCUGUGGAACAACACCUCCUGUGAUGACCAGCAUCACUUCAUCUGUUAUGAUGGUGAGUGUUUAAUUUGACUAACGAUGAAGCCUGUUCUAAGUGUCAGGGCUGUCAUUGAGCUGAAACAUAGACUCAUGAUGGCUUUAAGUUGUUAAUCAGUUAUCAAAUCAAUGAGAACAUGUACAAUAGAUGAUCAGUAGAUUAUUUUCAUUGGAUUUUCGCAUUGAUUAUUAAAUUUGACUUUUGCAGGAAAACAAAGCACCAACCUAACAUACAUCUUAAUUCAGGAGAAAAAGACCUGGAGAGAUGCUCAGAGUUACUGUAGACAGAAUCACACAGACCUGGUCAGUGUGAGGAACCAGACUGAGAACACAGAGAUAGAUCAGAAGAUAUCCCUGAGGGGACUGCCUGUGUGGAUCGGCCUGUUUCAAGACUACUGGAGAUGGUCUGACCAGAGUAACUCCUCAUUCAGGAACUGGCUGCCAGGAUGGCCUUCAGUAAAUCAGAGAUUAAACUGCAUUCUGAUGUCUUUAUAUCCUUAUUCUGAUCAAACUAAAUUAAUAAAUAAGCCCUGUGCCUACUCCUUUCCUUUCAUAUGCUAUAGUAAGUUACCAUAUUCUCCACCUGAUCUACCUGAUAUUAUGAUGACAGGAGAACUCUAAUGUUGCCCCCAUGAUUCACUACUGUCACUGUGAGAUUUUAUUCUCUUCUAGGCCCAGCUGUGGAGACCACAACUGCCCCCCUGCCCACAUCCACAACCACGACUCCCCCACCGACCACAACCCACAACCACAACUUCCCCACCGACCACACCCACAACCACGACUUCCCCACCGACCACACCCACAACAACGACUUCCCCACCGACCACACCCACAACCACGACUACCCCACCGACCACACCCACAACCACGACUUCCCCACCGACCACACCCACAACCACGACUUCCUCACCGACCACACCCACAACCACGACUUCCCCACCGACCCACACCACAACCACGACUUCCCCCACCGACCACACCCGCCAACCACGACUUCCCCCACCGACCACACCCACAACCACGACUUCCCCACCGACCACACCCACAACCACGACUUCCCCACCGACCACACCCACAACCACGACUUCCCCACCGACCACACCCACAACCACAACUUCCCCACCGACCACACCCACAACCACAACUUCCCCACAGACCACACCCACAAAAAAGACUGCCAUCGAGACCAAUCGCAAGAAAGCCUCUCCUACCCCUGAGAAAUCUCAACUGAAGAGACAGGUGGUGAGAGUGAAGAUGAUCUUCAGAAAGACUAUUACAGAAUAAUAUAGUCUCUAUCUGUUUGUGUGUGUGUGUGUGUGUGUGUGUGUGCGUGUGUGUGUGUGCGUGUGUGUGUGUGUGUCUGUGUGUGUGUGUGUGUGUGUGUGUGUGUGUGUGGUGUGUGUGUGUGUGUGUGUGUGUGUGUGUGUGUGUGUGGGUGGGUGUGUGUGUGUGUGUGUGUGUGUGGUGUGUGUGUGUGUGUGUGUGUGUUUCUCCAGAUAAGGAACAAGCUGAAGGAGCAGGGGUUACCUGCAGACACCAAACUGACAUGGAAAAAGCAGCCCGAUGGGAAGGUCUUCAACAAGGAGAAAGAGGGGUCUCCCAAGAAAGAAGAGGAGGAGGAGAAGAAGAUGAAGAAGAGGAAGAAGAGGAUGAUGACAAAGAGAGAACUCUAAUUAUAUCACAUGUUCUCCUGACAUUUCUCUUUCAUUUACAUUCAUUAUCUGUACUGGUCUAGAUUUUCUCAGAUAAACUAAAACAGGUCUUUAUCUGAGAUACACACAUUUUUUAAAAUCAUAUAUUACUAUUGUUUUAAGAUAGGGUGUGAUCUGUAGUCACGAAAUAGUCAAUCUUCAGAAUGCUGGGUCUGGAGAAAUGUAAUCACUCUCAAAUGUAUACAGAGCUAUGGAUGCAAGGACUGACAUGACAGUUUUAACCAUGUGUUGAGGGUAUAUUGUUUAUUUACAAUUGCAUUGUUUACAAACAAUGGAGCAAAACUAGCUUAUAUAUGGAGUUCUGAUGGAGUACGACAGUUGAACUGAGCUCCCGAGGCAUUUAUAAGUUACAUCCUUCAAGAAUCAAUGGAACAUUCAUUUAAAAGUGAACAAAAUGUAUUUAGCAAUUGCAGAUUGCCCCUUUAACAUUAUACAUUUUUUGUAUGUCUUUCUUAGAUAUAUUCCACAUAGUAUGUUUAUGUUCAUAUAUUUUCUCAACUUUAUUGAAACAGCUCUUUAUCUGAGAUACAGUAAAUUGUUUUAUCAUAUAAUAAUAUUGUUUUAUCAUAUAUUAAUAUUGUUUUAUCAAAUACUAAUAUUGUUUUAUCAUAUAUUAAUAUUGUUUUAUCAUAUAUUAAUAUUGUUUUAUCAAAUACUAAUAUUGUUUUAUCAUAUAUUCAUAUUGUUUUAUCAUGUAUACAUAUUGUUUUAUCAUGUAUUAAUAUUGUUUCAUCAUGUAUUAAUAUUGUUUUAUAAUGCAUGAAUAUAGUUUUAUCAUAGGAUGUGAUCUUAAGUUCCAAAUCUUUAACAUCAUUCAUUGUUUGAAUCUCUUUUGUUUGUUUAUAUAUUAGAACAUAGUUUUUCUAAAACUGUAAACGUGAUGGCACAUCUGGAAUGUUAACAAAAUAAAAUGAUGUGUGAUAGUGAGAUGCUAUUUUUCCUCAAUCAUUAUAGACAGUAUUCAGACUUGAGAUCCGCUCACUGGAAUUUCUGUGCAUUGACAUCAAUGAAUGAAAGUCCCAGUUGCAAGCACAGAUCUCACGUCAGAUUACAAUCCUAAUGGCUCUGUCUUUCUUUACUCGAAUGUUCAUUUAGAUUUCAAUAAAUAAUCACUCAUUUAUCAACAAGGUUUUACAUUAAUUUGAUUUUUUCUGACAAAAUAAAAGUUUGUUGAAAAUGUAAAAUUGGAAAAGCUUGCAAUUUUAUUUUUUGCCUAUUUAAUUUGUUUUACAUUUAUUGAAAGCAUUAACUUCCCUCAAUGUACUCUGUACAUUUCUUGACGCUUGGACAAAGAACAUUUAUAAAAAAAUAGCUUCUGAAGUUUCAUAAUUGUAUGUUCGUUAAUGGAAAAAUAUGGCAAUUUCCUGAAAAGUUGUGUUCAUCAGACAGCAACGAUAUGUUUGUAAGCCAUCAUGACUCAUGACAACCACUAAACAGGUGUCAGUUUAACCAUUACCUGCUGACCAGUGGUUUCCAUUUGGAGAAGAGGGAAGGAACAAGGGGAGGAACAAACUCCUAAUUUUACAUUUUAGUCAUUUUAGCAGUCACUCUUAUCCAGAGCAAGUAGGGUUAAGUGCCUUGCUCAAGGGCACAUUGACAGAUUUUUCACCUAGUCGGCUCGGGGAUUAGCAGCAGCGACCUUUCGGUUACUGGCACAACGCUCUUAACCACUAAGCUACCUGCAGACCUAAUGACAGAGGAGAGAGAGGGCAGAACAUCCAAUGACAGAGGAAAGGGAGGGCAGAACAUCCAAUGACAGAGGAGAGGGAGGGCAGAACAUCCAAUGACAGCGGAGAGGGAGGGCUGAGGACCCAAUGCUAGAGUAGUUCAUGUUGAUCUAUACACUGAGUUUACAAAAUGUUAGGACCACCUGCUCUCUCCGUGACAGUUAAUUCACCAGAUAUCAAUCAAAUUAAUAUUAAUAUAUCAUAAAACAAUAUUAAUACAUGAUAAAAAUAUAUAUUAUAUAUGAUAAAACAAUAUUAAUAUAUGAUACAAAAUAUUAAUAUAUGAUAAAAUAAUAUUAAUAUAUAAAAUAAAAUAAAUAUUCAUAUAUGAUAAAACAAUUAAUGAAUCUCAGAUAAAGACCUGUUUCAGUUUAUCUGAGAAAAUCUAGACCAGUACAGAUAAUGAAUGUAAAUAAAAAGAGAAAUAUCAGGAGAACAUGUGAUAUAAUUAGAGUUCUCUCUUUGUCAUCAUCCUCUUCUUCAUCUUCUUCUCCUCCUCCUCUUCUUUCUUGGGAGACCCCUCUUUCUCCUUGUUGAAGACCUUCCCAUCGGGCUGCUUUUUCCAUGUCAGUUUGGUGUCUGCAGGUAACCCCUGCUCCUUCAGCUUGUUCCUUAUCUGGAGAAACACGCACAAACACACACACACACACACACACACACACACACACACACACACACACACACACACACACACACACACACACACACACACACACACACACACACACACACACACACACACACACACACACACACACAGAGACAGACAGAUAGAGACUAUAUUAUUCUGUAAUAGUCUUUCUGAAGAUCUACAACUACCAUUCCUUCCUGCUAUACUGACACGUUCUUGACUUCAAUCCUUUGACUCUAUGGGGAGAUGAUGCUUAUAUAUGUCCUAUUUAACACAUGUACACGUGUCUUUUAAUAUGCAUGUGUGAAUUGGAAAUGUGUUUUUUGAAUAUCCCACUCUCCCUGAAACACCCUCGGAGAGUGGGGUCACUGCCAGGAGAGAAGGGUAUCUACAACAGACUAGGACCCAGACCAGAGAGGAGGUCAUCCACAACAGACUAGGACCCAGACCAGAGGAGAUGAUCCACAACAGACUAGGACCGAGACCAGAGAGGGGGUCAUCCACAACAGACUAGGACCCAGACCAGAGGAGAUGAUCCACAACAGACUAGGACCCAGACCAGAGGAGAUGAUCCACAACAGACUAGGACCCAGACCAGAGAGGAGGUCAUCCACAACAGACUAGGACCCAGACCAGAGAGGAGCUCAUCCACAACAGACUAGGACCCGACCAGAGAGGAGGUCAUCCACAACAGACUAGGACCCAGACCAGAGAAGGAGGUCAUCCACAACAGACUAGGACCCAGACCAGGGAGGAGGUCAUCCACAACAGACUAGGACCCAGACCAGGGAGGAGGUCAUCCACAACAGACUAGGACCCAGACCAGAGAGGAGGUCAUCCACAACAGACUAGGACCCAGACCAGAGAGGAGGUCAUCCACAACAGACUAGGACCCAGACCAGAGAGGAGGUAAUCCACAACAGACUAGGACCCAGACCAGGGAGGAGGUCAUCCACAACAGACUAGGACCCAGACCAGAGAGGAGGUCAUCCACAACAGACUAGGACCCAGACCAGAGGAGAUGAUCCACAACAGACUAGGGCCGAGACCAGAGAGGAGGUCAUCCACAACAGACUAGGACCCAGACCAGAGGAGAUGAUCCACAACAGACUAGGACCCAGACCAGAGGAGAUGAUCCAUAACAGACUAAGACCCAGACCAGAGAGGAGGUCAUCCACAACAGACUAGGACCCAGACCAGGAGAAGAGGUCUGUAAUGUUUGUAUCAUUACUGAGUUGGUUCUUCAAGAGCAGGGUGAAACUCACCUCUUGUAAGAUUUCGUCCUGAAAAGAAGGAUCGCUGAGGUUCAGAUUUUGAUCCUUUGGAGUCAUCUUCACUCUCACCACCUGUCUCUUCAGUUGAGGUUUUUCAGGGGUCGGAGAGUCAUUAUUGCAUUUGGUCGGGGUGGCAGUCGUUGUUGUGGAUGUGGUCGGGGUGCAGUCGUUGUUGUGGAUGUGGUCGGGGUGGCAGUCGUUGUUGUGGAUGUGGUCGGGGUGGCAGUAGUGGUUGUGGGUGUGGUCGGGGUGGUAGUCGUUGUUGUGGAUGUGGUCGGGGUCGGGGUGGCAGUAGUGGUUGUGGGUGUGGUCGGGGUGGCAGUCGUUGUUGUGGGUGUGGUCGGGGUGCAGUCGUGGUUGUGGGUGUGGUCUGGGUGGCAGUCGUUGUUUUGGAUGUGGUCGGGGUGGCAGUAGUGGUUGUGGGUGUGGUCGGGGUGGCAGUCGUUGUUGUGGAUGUGGUCGGGGUCGGGGUGGCAGUAGUGGUUGUAGGUGUGGUCUGGGUGGCAGUCAUUGUUGUGGGUGUGGUCGGGGUCGGGGUGGCAGUAUUGGUUGUGGGUGUGGUCGAGGUAGCAGUCGUGGUCAUUAUUUUGGGUGUGGGUGUGGUCGGUGGGGAAGUCGUGGUUGUGGGUGUGGUCGGUGGGGAAGUCAUGGUUGUGGGUGUGGUCGGUGGGGAAGUCUUGGUUGUGGUCGGUGGGGAAGUCGUGGUUUGUGGUGUGGUCGGUGGGUAGUCGUGGUUGUGGGUGUGGUCGGUGGGGAAGUCGUGGUUGUGGGUGUGGUCGGUGGGGAAGUCGUGGUUGUGGGUGUGGUCGGUGGAGAAGUCGUGGUUGUGGGUGUGGUCGGUGGGGAUGUCGUGGUUGUUGGAUGUGGGCAGGGGGAAGUCGUGGUUGUGGGUGAGUCGGUGGGAGUCGUGGUUGUGGGUGUGGUCGGUGGGGAAGUCGUGGUUGUGGUGUGGUCGUGGGGAAGUCGUGGUUUGCGGUGUGGUCGGUGGGGAAGUCGUGGUUGUGGUGUGGUCGUGGGGAAGUCGUGGUUGUGGGUGUGGUCGGUGGGGAAGUCGUGGUUGGCGGUGUGGUCGGUGGGGACGUCGUGGUUGUGGGGUGUGGUCGUGGGGGAAGUCGUGGUUGUGGGUGUGGUCGGUGGGGAAGUCGUGGUUGGUGGGUGUGGUCGGUGGGGUAAGUCGUGGUUGUGGGUGUGGGUCGGUGGGGAAUUGUGGUUGUGGGGUGUGGUCGUGGGGAAGUCGUGGUUGUGGGUGUGGUCGGUGGGGAAGUCGUUGUUGUUGGUGUGGUCGGUGGGGAAGUCGUGGUUGUGGAUGUGGGCAGGGGGGCAGUGUGGUCUCCACAAGCUGGGCCGUAGAAGAGAAUAAAUCUCACAGUGACAGUAGUGAAUCAUGGGGGCAACAUUAGAGUUCUCCUGUCAUCCUAAUAUCAGGUAGAUCAGGUGGAGAAUAUGGUAACUUACUAUAGCAUAUGAAAGGAAGGGUAGGCACAGGGCUUAUUUAUUAAUUUAGUUUGAUCAGAUAAGGAUAUAAACGAAAUAAUGACUCUCCGACCACUGAAAAACAUCAACUGAAGAGACAGGUGGUGAGAGUGAAGAUGACUCCAAACGAUCAAAAUCUGAACCUCAGCGAUCCUGCUGUUCAGGACGAAAUCUUACAAGAGGUGAGUUUCACCCUGUUCAUUAAGAACCAACUCAAU